GACACUCAGAACAAUGUGGCUGGUCGUCCUUCUGUAUCAGCUUGGCCUAAUUGUGAGGAUUAAGGCCCAAGCACCAGAAUCUUGCACCUCUAGUGUUACAAACAGACCUCCAGAAAAUUCGGACAUAACUGUGAGCUGCGGGACUGAUCAUAUGGCCCUGAGCAUCUUACUUUGUCCUAUAUACCAAGCCCUUUACAACGAAUCUCUGAUGGUCCUCAAUAAUAAGUACACCAAACCUGAGUGUUUUGGAACUGCUAACUUCAGCGCUGACCCACCAGUAUUAAACUUCAGAUUUCCCAUAAAUGAAACUUCUCUUAAGAAUUGUGGGACUAGCUUCAAGAUCAUAACUGGGAUAGGGACUGGACAGUUUGCGGACUUCUCAAAUGUCCAGGAUGUCAACAUUUCGGGCACCGUUACCUCCUCAGACCCCUCUGCGGGUAUGAUAACCUAUCGUCCACAAAUUCUGUACAAGUUCUCCUGCCUCUACCCUAUGCAGUAUCUUCUCAACAACACUCAACUGGGCGUAUCUGGUGUGACUCUAGCCAUAAAUGACAACAAUGGUAGUUUCAUCAGUACACUGAGGUUGCUGCUCUACCGAGAUGCAGACUAUGACGAAAUGCUUCUAGUCCCUGAAAACGGACUUGACUUGAAGACCAAGAUUUAUGUUGCUGUGGUGGCUACCAAUCUAACAAACAAGUUCAAUGUGCUGCUGGACAGGUGCUAUGCUUCAAAGAGGCCACAUCCUGACCUAAACACCUAUUAUGACCUUUUUGUUGGGUGUACACGUGACGCCCAGACAAAAGUGGAAAUUAACGGGGAAUCUCAGAUCGCUCGGUUCUCAUUUGAAGCCUUCAGAUUUGUAGAAGACCAGAAUUUGACAGUCUCCACUUUCUACCUGCACUGUGUCACCAGACUCUGUGAAGUCAACACAUGUAGCAGUCUGAAGCCUAACUGCGACAACACAAACAGGAGACGGAGAGAGGCCCAGACUGUUUCAGCCAAUGCUACAGUCUCCUCACCUGCCAUUAAUGUUAACAAGCAAGAAGCUUUUCUGGCCUCUUCUAGUAAUGCAAAGGGACCAGAGGACAACUACAGCAAACCUGUGGUGGCUAUUAUCAUCUGCAUCAGCAUCCUCGCUGUCCUCCUCAUCGGCAUGUCUGCUUACUUUUUCUUUUUCAUCAGACCAAGAAAACCACUAAUUAAGUAA